AUGGGAAAAGCUUCCAAGGUAUUAGAGGCGCCCUCUGAAAUGGAUGAGGCCGUGCAAACUUCAGAAACCAAUCAUUGGCACUUGGCACACUCUGGGAAGGAAUCCAUCUCUGUCACUCUGCACAAUGCCAGCAACCUACCGGCCACCCAGAAGGGCAAGGUGCCAUGGCCCUAUGUCACUGUUAAAAGCAGCUCAGAUGUUGAAAAGAAAAGGGAAGCCCAGGGGGUGACUCAUGUGUCCUCUGAGCCUACGCACUCUCCAACCUGGGAAGAGAAGGUGACUGUGGAAAUUGAUGCAGAAGAUGCAGGCCAUGAAGCUGUGAUCCUGACUGUUGCCGACAAAAUCACCAAGGAGAUGCUAGUGAACUACAAGAUUCCUGUGAGGUACCUCCGAUCGUUCCACCACUACCACUUGAGACUGGUGCUGCCGAGGAAGAAGGACCCCUUGGGGACAAGUCUGUAUGCUACAGUUGUUCGUAAAGGCAGCCUCAUCCCGCGUUAUGUUGGAAUGAAUUACACUGGCUUGGAGGUUUUCCUCCAGGGAAUGAAGAAUCCUCUAGCCGAUUCCCAAGGUCCUAUCAUAGCCAUUGCCAGAGUGGUGAACAACUUUAAUGCAUACAGAAAAGCCAUGAAGAUGCGGCCCUCUGCCUCUCCUGCGGUUGAUUUAACCACCGUCAUGUUUCCAGACCCCUCCAUGGUGGCGUUCGAUGUUCCCCGAGUCUCCAACCAAGGAUAUCCCCAGGUCACCCAACCUGGUGGACCCCCAGAGAAACCAACCUGGAACUCCUCCUUCCUCUUCCAAGGCAGGGAUGGGGCCACCCUCUUCUCAGACGAUUGCAGCCUGGUGAUCGAAUACUAUCCGUACAAAACAAUGUCAGAAACAGGAGCUGAGAACAAGUCAAAGCCUUUGGGUUACUCCAUAUUGCCCCUAACCAACCGUGUGUAUCGGAGUCUUGUGGCAGAGAGCAACCGGAAUGGGGUUCGUGUGGAUGAUGUUCCAAUCCAGGGCACUAAUCUGAGAAGCACAUCUGGUGCUGUUCCAACCGUUCAACUCUGCAUGCAGCUGAUUGGCUCAGAGAGACCGGAUAUGUUUCUCACCCCGUCCAUCACUGACACUCUUCCUAUCCUGGAUCCCAAACUCCUGGGGAAGAUUGGGGCAAUCAGAGAGCCCUGGGCACAAUCUUCCUCUCUUGUACCAUAUGCUUCCGUCAAAGGGGACAAAUUAAAGUUAGCACUUCAGCCCCCGGAUGAGGUGGCUCCCAUUGAGCUCGAACGCAAAAAGUCUCAUGUCAAUCUGUUGUUGCUUAACCAAGAUAAUGACAUCUCCCUCCCGUCCCCUGAGGCUGUAGCUGAGAUUCUGCCAGAUAAGCAAAUGCUCCUAUAUGAACAGGCAGCCGCCCCAGCAGACAGUGAUAUGGAUGAUGUGGACAUGCUCAGAAGAACCCAGGAUGUGACCAGGUUCCAUCUGGAUCAGGAGCUAGAUAAUUACCGUACGGCCAUGAAGAAGAUGGCGGACGAUAUCCUGUCUCUGCGCAGGCAUGUUGCCAGCCUGGAGGCAGAGAACAGCACCCUGCGCCGCAACCUGAGCAUGCACGAGGAAGUGGGCCGCACACUGCUGAACGACGUGGACGUGGAUGUCAUGACCAAGGUGGAGAUAGUCGACAGGAUAGUGGCCCUCAAGCACAAACUGGCUGCUGGGACAGUGGAAAUGAGCAGGAUGAAGGACCGGGUGCAACAGCUUCAGAAUGAGCUGAUCCGGAAGAAUGACCGGGAGAAGGACCUGGUGAUGCUGCAACGAGCCCAUCAGCAACAGCAGACAGUGCUGAGGAAGUACCAGGAGAAAAUCACCAAGAUGAAAGCCCUGGAGGAUACUGUACGGCAGCAAGAGAGGGUGAUUGAGAAGAUGGAGCGCAUGCUGGAGGAGAAGGUGCCAGAGACUGCUAGGACCUCUGAUAGCGUUUCCAAGGAGUUCUACUCCACCCUGCUAACUGAGAACAUGCGACUGCGGGAGGAGCUGAGCAGAGCCCACUACCGCUCCUCCCCCAUCAUCCUGCAGCAGCAAGCCUUGCCGGACAUGUUCUCCACCAACUCAGAGAAGCUGUCUUUGCUGGCCAAGGUGGAGAAGGCGCAAGGUCGCAUUCGUGUCCUGGAAAGCCAGCUGGAGGAGUCUGCGAGGAAAUGGGGGCGGGAGAAGCAGGACCUCAGCACCCGGCUCCUGGAGCAAGAGCACGGCUUUGGGCGGUCAUCCAGCACCAUCCUGCAUGAUUUCUCAUUGAAAACUUCACCAGAUUCCACAACGCAUAUCAAGAGGCACCAAAUGCUUGAUCCUCUGCCCUAGCACCUUCUGCAAGAUGGACUUAUUGACAGUGCUGGGGAAAGACAGUGAAUGUUCUCUAUGGUCUCCCCUUCUCCCUCCGAAACAGAGCUCUCCUAGGGGGUCUACUGGAGAUCUUUAUUAAAUACUUGCUGCUCAACCCCCAAGUGCUGUUACUGCAGACUGGAUGGCCAUGAGAAAUACCUAUGCCAGUCAGAGCUCAGGGAUAUGCUUGGCCAAGUGAUAGGAUCCAGUCUGUGAAGACCAGAUCAAAGCUUGGGGAAGCUCUGACUGUGGGUUCUAUCACAAGGCACUGGGGUUUGGGGACUUUGAAUCUGUUCCGGGACAUUAGCAUAUAAGUCCCUGCUCCAAUAGGUCACCUCCACCCACCCAAUCCUAUCUCCUCCCCAUCUUAAUGACCAUCUGUACGUAUCUCUCCCCAAGGAUUCCAAGGCAGUUUAGCUUGACUUUCAGCAUGUUUUCAGCAGCUGAUUUUUUGCUGGUCCCUUGGAUGAUCACUUCUGCAGUGUUCCAAGGACAGUUAGAUGACAGCUGGUGUUGAGUUUAUUGUAUCUUCCCUUCCCCGCCUUCUCCCCCCAGGCAGUAGUGUCUUGGAACAUUGCAUUGCUGGGGUGGGUGGGAGGAGAAGGGUGUGACAUGGACUGAAUUCAUGCCCAGCAGAGGUGGCCUUAGUCUCUUUGGAAGGUGGCUGAAGAACUCCAUCCUUGGCUGUGAUGAUGGAACGCUGCCUGCUGUAUAGCACAUCAGCCGUGCCUGAAGGACCAGUCUGGAUCAGUUUCACCCUCCAAGCGCGUAAUGUUCGUGGAAGUUGACAUUGUUUUUACCUGUGGUCCACUUCCUUUUAUGUGUGGGACAUUCCACAUGGAGCCAGGCACAGUUUAGUUGAGGUAGUGAUGCCAAACCCAAACUGGGUCUGUGAGAAAGCACCAGCCUGCACAGCCCUUGAAGACUGAGCUCAGGCUCCCACUGUCAGUCUGCAGACCAGGAGGAAAUCUGAACGUGUAACCAAGCCAAGGGCAUUCUGCAGUAGAGCAAGUGGCAGUCUUAGAGGUGGGGAAAUGGGCCACUGCGCACACAGUGCAUUGAUGCUUUGUUGGCCUAUGCAGCCUAUGCCCCCUAGGGAGUCCUGAGUAGAGCAGCAAAACAUCAUGGGCCAAAUUCAUCCCUGGGGUAACCUCGUUGACUUCAGCAGAGUUUCACCAGAGAUGAUUCUGACCCCUGGAAUGGCCCACCAGGCUAGACUUAGCCCCGCAAGGCGAGGUGCCCAGCUAGUAUGAGUGAUGGAAGCAGCAACAGCACAUGACCAUGAGGGCCCUUUGCCCUGGCUGCUAUUGCUCAUGUCUGCAAGGACUCGUGUGAAGCCACUGGGCUCCAGAUCCUUGCAGCCAGGGUCACUUGUGCAAUGGCAGCAGCUACUUAUUCUUGUCACUAGCACCGUUCCCCUGGCAGCAGGUGUUAGCCCUCAGUCGGUGUGUGCUAUGCAUCCUGAUCUGCAGAGGGAAUGGGACUGGGCCAGCUCUUAGCUUGCACUGUAGAAACUUGGACUGUUAGCUGCUCGGUCCCUGCGUCAGUCCCCAGCGUUGGCCAAGAGGGCAGCCUCCAUACCUAACUCUUUUUUGGGUGUGGCAGGUUUAGUAGACAGGUGACAGCCGGGGUUGCACCCAUACCAACUCUGAGCACAGCAUGCAGGUUAGCAGGUGCUGCCUGAGCCAUGCUCCCCACUGGGGCUGACUUGCUGAGUGUACCUGAUACGGAAAAGGCCCCUCAGGUGCUGCCCCCAGUACAAGGGGUGUUGAUUUGCAGAACCAAUGGAACAGCGUCACUUUAAUGGGAAGUGGCCAUGUCCCAUGGCAGCAAAGGGGUGCUGCCUGCCUUGUUGCUUUGAGGGGUGGCAAUUUCAAAUGAGAACAUGACCCUUCAAGGACAUCUGAUCUGGUUUUCCCCUUCUUCAGUAGCCCUUCCCUUUGCCACCCCUGUGAUGUAAACCUAGCCUGUUGGGGGGUGGAGAAUAUCAGCUGUAGCCUGGAGGGAAGAAAGGGGGUGGGGGACUUUAAAACUAAACAAAUGAACAGGGCUCCCAGAGUUCUGCCAGUUGCACAGGGCAGAGCAGGAGCACAUCGCCAAGGCAGAGCAUGGCACAGAGGUUAGCCACAUCACCAGCCAGAAAAGCAGCUUUGGAAUACAUAUCCUGGAACCUCCAGAUCUGACUGGUCAAGGGCUGCUGCCUGGGGACAUGAUGAGGAACAGGACACUGGCGUGGCCAGGUGCCUCUUUUGCAUGUGAAAUCAGGGCAUCGCACAUGUGAAUUGGGCAUACCAACAAGUACUUCCUAUGAGGACUGGGAGCCCUCAACAUUCCAGCAUCUCAACCACACAACUCAGGUCCUUCUCUAACUAUUCUCCAGCUGCACAGAUAUCCCACGGAUCUCUCCUGAGUGCAAUUCCAGUGCCUUCCAGUAGCUGCACCUUCCCCACCCUCCUCCUGUAAUACAAUGGACAGAAGAGAAAUGGACUUUCUGGUUCCCAUCUUUUCUUAAAACAUGUAUUGUGUGCCCUUGAGUGGUUCUUGAAACAUCAUCAUCCAGCCAAACUUACCAGAUAUUGUUGUGUUCGCAUGCUAAUUUCUUAAAUAUCUUCCUUGAGUCCAUUACAAGAGCUGUCACUGGAAAAAAAUCACCAGCAAUGACCAUGUGAUCCCAAUAAAUGGAAAGCAGAAAGCAGUGGUUCACAAUUUUUAACACAAUGGUACCAAUCUAAUGGUAUUUUCACUGACAGGUCCAGUGGUUCUUGCCAGCAUCACAGUGCUGCUUUCACACCUUGGUACAAAUUUGUACUACAAUGUAUUGUCACUGGUGGGUCUUUGGAGCAGGCAUUAUAUUGAUCAUGGCUUCCAUAAAGCUAACCACAAUGAUAGCACCUGCCCUUGAAGACAUAAACAACCUAGGAGUGCAAAUACCAGGUAAGAGUCACUUACAAUGCUGGUGCAAACAGGUACUAUUCCAUUGAAGUUAGGGGGAACUCCAGAAGUGUAACUGAGAUCAAAAUUUGACUCCUACUCCCAUCUCCAAAAUGCAGUCACCUCUGAAAUAGAUGUCGGCUGCUCCUUAACAACACACAGCAAUACCACACACAGUAGCUUCAGGCUUAAGUUUAGGCCUGACAGUGAGGCACACCAUCUUCCAAUUGUAACUGUAUGAGAAUGUAAGGUAGCAGAAUCUAAUGCCAUGACUGGGAAUUUGGAAGGUGCUUAGAGUCAAAUUAUUAACAUCCUCUUAGUGCUGGCCUCAUGUUACAGGUGUCUCGAUUGCUGUGAAAGUAAUGGGGAAAUCAGCAAUUUUGUGGUAAGGUACCAUUUUUGUUGGUGUCAUUUCUUACAGAGUCAGCAUGUCUUGCAUUUCUCAGGGUUUUGGAUUCAGAAAUCCCAAGGAAUGACAAAGCAAAGCUCAUCCAAAAUUACCACAUUUUGCCUGAUCUCUGCUUGACUUGGAGUCUGGGUGGUAUCUAUCAGAAACCAGAAAAUAGCCUGCGUUUGGAUGUCACUAAUCUGAGACUUGCAAAUCCUGGUGAGCAUGUGCUCAGUUCUAAUCCCACAUCUGUGUAUGACUGUGGGAAAGUGAUGCCUCUCUGUGCCUCAGUUCCCAAUCUGUAGAAUGGGGCUAACAUGACUGACCUACCUAACAGGAGGGGAUAGAGUGACCAGAUGUCCCAUUUUUAAAGGAACUUUUUCUUAUAUAGGCACCUAUUAUCCCCCCCACCCCCCAUUCCCUUUUUUGUUUUUUCACCGUUGCUAUCUGGUCACUCUGGGAAGGGAUGUGAAGCUAAACUCAUGCAUGAUUGUAAAGUGCUUUGAACUUCCCAAGUUACAUCUGCACUGGAUCUGGAGGUGUAAUUUUCAGGUUGGAUAGCCAUAUCAUGCUGAUUCUGAUCAAACUGGCAUGCAGAAAAUAACAUCACAGCCUUGGAUGCAUGGGCAGUGCAAUACAAUAGCUGCCCCAAGUACAAGUCCAUCUGAAAUCCUAGGUAUGUAUCCGGGGGCUAGUUGAAGUCAUUGCCCAGGAAGCCAUGGCUACACUGUGUUUUUAGCAUGCCAGCUGGAUCAAACUAACCUGGUGUGAUGAAGUUGGGGAUUUUUGUAGUGUUUACCUGAAUUGUGUGUGUGCACCUCAGUUUCCCUAUGUGCCGCAUGCGAGAGACAGGCAUGCUGAAGGCUCAGAGAGGUGAAGGAGCCUACGGCUUAUCCCCCGAGAGAGAAUGGACUCCCGAGAAGGGCUGUUGCAAUGCAGGGAGUUCCUUCUGGGGACCGUACGGAGCUGAGAGAGAGCAUAAGUCCUGUGAGUCCCCGAAAACUUGAUAGCAGAGGAUUGUUGGUGGAUGCACCCUGUAGACGGUUGCCUGCCAGCGAUAAAACAAAGGAAUUGAAGGAACCAGUAAGGAAAAGGCCUAGAACCAGCUCCCUAAAAGGGACCUUGCAUGUCUGUUCAGGGAGCAAUGCUGAGCAUUGGGGGGGCUCACCCAGGAGCUGCAAAUUGCCUGGCUGGUAGAGAAUGAUCAGUGAGGAGCAAGUUCCAGAUCCCAGCAGGAUUCUGGGAUGCCUGGAGAGACAGGGAGUAGCAGGGGGGCAGUUGGGGUAGUGGCAGGGGGUCCACCAUACCCCGUUCCCCAACCAGGAGGAGGGCUUCCCAACCACAGUGAAUAUGAAGAGAUGAAAACGAGCUGAGAGCGAAGGAGCUGGAGCCGGAAGAGUAGAGGCUAACUGACUGCUUGGAGCAGUGAAAACAUGAACUGGAGUUGGAGGAGAGGCAGGCCAAGAGCACCUCCUGUGGGGUAAGUGGGGAAAGACCCCAAGAUGCCAAUUUGGCAGGAAACCUCGAUUCCAAAGUGUACCCCGGUAUAAUGGGGGAGGUAUAUUGAUGCCGACCUCACUCCUUGUGAGAAGGCAUGUGAUUUGAACUAGGUUGACAAGCACAGCUGUCUCACACCCCCGCUUGGUCCCAAGGCCAUAUGGGUGUUCAGCCAACUGGAUGGUGCAGAGACUGGGGACUAUAAAGGUUCAAACAGGCUUUCCCGCUUAAGUAUGAAUGACCCCCUAAGGCAGACGAAAAUAUUCUGGGGUGUACAAGAAACCCUGGGCAUCGCAGAGAAGGAGGUCACCACCCUACUGGUGGAAUAUCUCUCUGAAAGGAGGGAAAGGGUGCGGGGCCACUCCCACAGAGGCUGUGUAUAAUCUGGUUGGAUUGGGCCAGCUGUAGGACAUCUGCCCUCAGAAUCCCAAAGCCCUGCAAGGUGCAGGUCCGCUGGCAGAGUUGAGGUUACGGACAGCCAGUGGGGUGAGGGAGAGAGAGACCCCUGUCAGCGACUCAGAAGGGGAGUCACCCAGAGACCUCUUAGAGGUGAGACUCCAGGAAGCCCAAUGCGGGGGUUCCCACGAAUGCCAGAACAGGCAGAUCUCCUCCUUGGGACGUGCAGGACCUGAGAUGUCAUUACUUCAGGCAAAAGGAUGAAAGGUCAUGUCAUGCCCAAAGACACAGGAAAUUUUCACCCAAAAGAACCCUCGAAGGGUUAACAGGCGAAGGGGAGACAACCUGGUAAUGCAGACUGAGAGAGAAAGCUGGGAAGCAGUCACCCAGACAGCUCCUGGGGCAGAGC